UGGAGCCACUGAGCUGCAGCCUUGUUAUUAACUAACCGCAUCAUUUCGUAUCCAACGAGAGAAAACGUCACCUGGGAUGAAAAAUCAUUAAUCUGAACGGCCAAUUAUUCAUCGCUUUUCACUCUACUCCACCUAAACCACGUCGUUUGUACACUAACCGUCUGAAGGAGGAUCAGCAAACAUGUUCUACACCUGUGGUCCCAACGAGGCUAUGGUGGUAUCAGGGUUCUGCCGUUCUCCACCUCUCAUGAUAGCCGGAGGCCGAGUGUUCAUCAUCCCCUGCGUUCAGCAGAUACAGAGGAUUUCUCUUAACACUCUGACUCUGAAUGUGAAGAGCGAUAAAGUCUACACCCGCCACGGAGUGCCCAUCUCUGUCACCGGGAUCGCCCAGAUGAAGAUCCAGGGUCAGAAUAAACAGAUGUUAGCUGCAGCCUGCCAGAUGUUCAUGGGAAAGUCAGAGGCUGAAAUUGCUCAGAUCGCCUUGGAGACACUUGAAGGUCAUCAACGAGCCAUCAUCGCCCAUCUGACUGUUGAGGAGAUCUACAAGGACCGUAAGAAGUUCUCAGAGCAGGUUUUUAAGGUGGCUUCCUCUGACCUGGUCAACAUGGGCAUCAGCGUGGUCAGCUACACCCUCAAAGAUGUUCAUGAUGACCAGGAUUACCUGCAUUCUCUGGGGAAAGGCCGAACAGCGCAGGUUCAGAAAGAUGCUCGCAUUGGAGAGGCUGAAAACAAGAGAGAUGCUGUGAUUAGGGAAGCUCAUGCCAUGCAGGAGAAAAUAUCGGCUCAGUACAAGAAUGAGAUUGACAUGGCGAAGGCUCAAAGGGACUAUGAGCUGAAGAAGGCAGCCUAUGACAUUGAAGUCAACACUAAGAGGGCUGAAUCAGAGAUGGCCUACCAGCUGCAGGUAGCGAAGACGAAGCAGUGUAUUGAGAGUGAGAAGAUGCAGGUGCAGGUGGUUGAGCGGGCGCAGCAGAUCAUGCUGCAGGAGCAGGAGAUCACCCGCAAGGAGAAAGAGCUGGAGGCCAAGGUGAAGAAACCUGCAGAGGCUGAGCGGUACCGGCUGGAGAAGCUGGCUGAGGCUGAGCGUCUUAAGUUGAUCAUGGAGGCAGAGGCUGAAGCUGAGUCCAUAAGAGUUAAAGGUGAGGCUGAAGCAUUUGCAGUGGAGGCCAAGGGGCGGGCUGAGGCUGAGCAGAUGGCGAAGAAGGCAGAGGCCUUCAAGGAGUACAAGGAGGGCGCCAUGGUGGACAUGCUGCUGGAGAAACUGCCUUUGAUGGCAGAAGAGAUCAGCAGGCCUCUGUGUGAAGCCAAAAAAGUUACCAUGGUAUCCAGCGGAGGUGGAGAUGUGGGCGUGGCCAAACUGUCAGGAGAGGUGCUGGACAUCAUGACCCAGCUGCCUGAGGCCUUGGAGAAAAUGACUGGCGUAAACAUCUCCCAGGUGGCCUCUCAUACAGGCUGAAGAGAAUCAGCCGAAGCAAUGACCAGGCAGUCCUUCCUCCCAGUGUCCAGUCAGCUGUCUGGAUUCCCUGCAUGAUUCUCUCAUCACGGCGUCAUUCUGCUGUGUGGCUGGUUCAGCUGGUUUGUGAUGUUUCUCUGUUGUGAAAAUAGUCUGAUUACAGUUACGAAUGUUAUUUCAUGUUAUUUGUUUUUGCAUUGACUUUGUGCUUAUUGGUACUGCGUUAGUUUAGCCUCCAUCCAUCCUUGUAUUACCUUCUGCUUAUCCAGUUCAGGGUCAAGGGUAACAAGAAGCAGAGGAUAUUAUAAUCAUAUUUCAUGUAUUCUAUGAUGGUUUGAUGAGCUUUCUUACUUUUUGAGUUUUACAUGACUGAUCUUUGUCUUUGUCCCUUUCUGUGUUUAUAUGUCACACUUUUGUCUGUGUGCCUGUUUACCAUUAAUAAUUCCUACAUAACUCUGUGUGUUUGUGUCCUCACUGCCUUGCUGCCAAACCUUAAGUGCUUCUUAGCAUGAGCAUGUGCUAAAACAUGCAACCAAAACCUUCAUUUACUAAUCAUACUAAUAUUGCAUAUUAUCAUAUAAUCACUGACAUGCAUUUUAACCCAUCAGUCUUUUCUCUACAUGUAUUUCUGAAUGAAAUUUGGUUUAUAAAGGUUUAGGGUGAAUAUUUCUGAUAUUAUCUGUAAACUUCAGCGUUAAUAUGUAUAGGGUUUUUAAAAUGUGUUGUCUUUUUUUUUUUUUACUGUUUUAUAUUUUAUGAUCCUUGGUACUUUAACAGUACGAUCUAGUGGGGCCACUUUAUUUCAGGCAUAUCAGUAAGUUAAUUAUUCUUUAUUUGUAAACUGAUGCUCCGGUGAAUCGUCUUUUUUUUUCCUGUUGAGCCUCGGCUUGGAGAUAUUAGGUUUAGAUCAGCUACAGGAAAAAAAUGGGAUUCUGUUUUUCCCAACCAGGAGCUUAAACUGCCUUAAGUCUGUGUAGUACACAUCAUGUAUUAGUGGACCCUGCAGUCCACUAAUACAUGAUGUGUACUACAUAAGUAAAGUGGUUCCUAGUGAUAACAGUUAUGUAGCAGCUCUCAUAAAGGUGUAGCUAGUCAGACUAAAUUUAAAUGUGUGAAAUACAGCUUUGCUUUUCAUAGUAGCGAUGAGAAUAUCCCUGUGUAUUCAUAACAUAAAGUAUUUGUUAGUAUAUAACGCUUUGGCGUAAUGUGAAGCUAAAUAUUCCGAUUGCUAAGUGAGGGCAGCUCGCGCUUCAGGGGAAGGGGUGUUUGCUGUUCUGUUCUUUAUUUUUUCUUUACGUUCGCUUGCUAGAGUUUGUGCUUUAUAUUCCACUGAAGGUGUAAUACUAGCUCUAAAGUAUUACGGUAGUACCUGUAAAGUAUCCUGAUUUGCCUUAUGUCACAACUCAAUCAAACUGUAUCCCUCUACCUCACCAUUACCCUCUGGGGAUAGGUAGGAAAAUAUCUUUAUGGACACGUUUUAAUACAUCAGAAGGGAUUUAAACACUGAAGAUGGAUAUAUGGUUUUGUUUUAACUGAGCAGCUUUGUCUCAAGCUCUAAACACUGUUUGUGACUUCUCUGCACUCCUGAUUACAGCACAACCACACGUGCUGUAAGUGUCCUGAGGGUACAUUUUAUUUCUUUCAUAUAUGAGUACUACUGUUAUUAUGCAUGCAUCAACACCUGUCACUGUAAAGUAAUAUUGCAAAUGCAUAUGUUUGAAGUCAGGACACAGUAGGCGUGUGCAGCUUCACUGUUGAGUUACCAAAGUAGGAGAUUACCCAGCUAUAGAAAUGGAAGUGUGCUUUCGUUACUGGAUCAGCACUAAAUAUGGAUAUAUAUAUGUAUGUGUAUGUAUUUAUACAGUUUAUAUUUGAUACAGUAUCAGUGUAGAGCACUGUUUGCACCACCACUAACAGCUUGAGUAAUUCAUUAUAAAUGUAUUUUAGGCAGUUUGUUAGUUUUCGGUGAUGUUUCAGACCCUGUUGUGUUGCAUUUGUGAUGUUUGACCAAAGUGGAUGUUUGCUUUUUAUUUCACAUUAUUACACAUCUAAUUUUAGCUUCUUUUUUCCGUUUUUAUGUAAUUUUUUUUUUCCAUCUGUGAGGUCUUGAAUUGUCACUGCGUAAUAAACAAUUUUCACAUGCAUAAGGGGAUCCCAAUAAACGUUUUCAUCAUCA